AUGCUCGGAACAAACUCGAGCCUACUGAACGGCAAACAGCAGAGUACCCUAACAGUCCUAGGCUGCGGUACUCUCGGCAUAGCAAUCCUGUCUGGCAUCUUCUCGUCGUUGAGCGAAACUUCACAUAUCCCGUCUCCGGCUGCUCCCGAUUCGGGUGCUGUCACGCCCACCUCUGAUGCUCCAUCUCCCAGUACACCCUCUAAGUUCAUUGCCUGUGUUCGGAGACCCGAAUCAGCCAAGCGCAUCAAAAGAUCGCUCGAAGAAUACUCGCAGAAUCUUCAAAUACUGCAGAACGAGAAUAUCAAAGGUGUUCACGCAGCAGACGUGGUCAUUCUUAGCUGUAAACCACAAAUGGUCAAGGAUGUUCUAGCAGGUGAUGAAAUGCGCGCUGCCCUCAAGAAUAAACUCCUCAUCUCCAUCUGCGCCGGCGUGCCAGUGUCACAAAUCCAAGAAAUUCUCUACGAGGAUUCAACAUCUCCUAACCAAUGUCGCAUUGUGCGAGUGAUGCCUAACACGGCCGCGGUAGUGCGUCAAUCUAUGACUGUCAUAGCUACCUCCAAUCCUCCUCUGCCUGCUGAACUCGAAUCACUCGUUACUUGGAUCUUUAGUCGCAUCGGUCGUGUCGUUCAUCUUCCUCCGGCGACCAUGGAUGCCAGUACCGCUCUGUGUGGCUCCGGCCCUGCCUUCAUAGCAUUGAUGCUGCAGUCACUUGCUGAUGGUGCUGUUGCCAUGGGGCUGCCUAGAGCUGAAGCACAAGUUAUGGCGGCGCAAUCAAUGAGAGGAACUGCAGAUAUGGUCCUACGUGGAGAGCACCCUGCGAUGGUGAGCGAGAAGGUCAGCACGCCAGGUGGAUGUACAAUUGGUGGACUUUUGGUACUGGAAGAAGGGAGAGUCAGGGGCACCAUUGCGAGGAGUGUAAGAGAGGCAACUGUCGUGGCUAGCCAACUGGGCAAAGGUGUUAAGGGUGUGAAUGGGCCGAGAUUCGCCAUGAGUGAUGAUAGAGAUUGA